AUGAGUCAGUUUAUCGAGCUCCCCUCGCCACACGCCCUUGACAUCGUUUCGGAUCUCAAAGUGGCCCCUACUCACCAGCUCAUAGUGACGUCCUGGGACAACAAAGUGCUUCUUUAUGACGUCUCUUGCGCCAAAGCAGGCAAGGUGGACCUCCAGGCAGUGCUUGAGAGCUCUGAGACUCCUUUGAGUCUGGUUUUCACUGGAGGAAGCGCCUUUGUAGGCUGUUUGGAUGGGACCAUCAACCAGAUAGACCAAGAGAACAUGAAGCUACACCCAAUAUAUACCCCUGGCCCCCUGGGACCCGACUCCGAUAUCAGCAACGGUAUAAACAAGAUAUGCCGUGUUGAGAGCGACGAAAACGCCCUCAUUGCCUCCUCCUUUAACGGAACCUUCCGGGUGUUGGACAUACGGCAGCACCAGGAAGUGUCGAGAACUCGCGUGGGCAGCGACGCAGGCGUCGGUGCUGCCAGACCCGCCAAGAUCUUCACCAUGGACUCGUCCAGAGAUGUACUCACGGUGGGAUUGAGCACCAACCACAUCGAGCUUUACGAUCUUCGCAACCUAACCAAGCCAUACGAACGCAGGGAGCUUGGCCUCAAAUACCAAAUCAAGGAUUUGAAGUGCCUUCCUGACAACCAGGGCUUUGUUGUCAGCACGGUUGACGGAAGAGUGUCGUUGGAGUGCUACGACCUGUCUCCGGAGACACAGGCAGCGAAACGGUUCACGUUCAAAUGCCACCGUUCUCACAACAAGAUCGACGGAGUCGACGAGGUGUAUCCCGUAAACUCACUUGCGUUGGCCCAGGACGGCACGCUCUACACAUCGGGAGGAGACGGUGCCGUGUGCGUGUGGGACUGCAAUAAGAGGAAACGAAUCAAGAUGUACCCCAAGUUCUCCGAGAGUGUUGCGAAAAUCGCCUUGCAAGACGACUUGCUAGCCGUGGCCACUAGCGACGACGACUUCGUGCGGGCACGCCGGUUGUCGGACCCGAUCAACACGAGGGUACCAUCCAAGGUGUUUGUUCGUGUGGUGGAGUAG